GGAAGAGGUAUGCAUUUCUCUUUUAUCUUUUUCGAUUUCUCCGUAUUUAUUUCGCUUCAGUUUUCCCGGCUGAAAUCGAAAAACGAAUGCCGAUGCACAAAGUUAUUGGGCCAAGACAAAUUGGAGGGAUUUCAUUCUGGUUUAUGUCUGAUAAACAUCUUCUUUAUAUGAUUCUAUCAUUAGCUAAUGUAGUAAAAUCACAUCAAUGCUUCUAAGUAUGAAUUUUUAAUUUGUGUAAUGAAGAUGGCUGGCAGCACGAUCUUCUGGAGACGAGGAAUUUCUACUUGUUCUUGUUUAUUUGAGAGAAUCAAGCAGACAGAAAGUGAAAUUGUUCAAAUGUUCCGGUUAGGAAUCCCGAAAGAUGAGAAAACGGGUUUUGGAAACCGGUCUGCUAUAAGGAAGAACAGCCCGGCAAGGGAACUAGAUGAGAGGUUUAUUAGGAUCUUGAAAAUAUUUAAGUGGGGUCCUGAUGCUGAAAAGGCUCUGGAGGUUCUGAAAUUAAAGGUUGAUCAUAGAUUGGUUCGCGAGGUUUUGCAAGUAGACGUGGAGAUCAAUGUGAAAGUGCAGUUCUUUAGGUGGGCUGGGAAGAGAAGGCAUUUUGAGCAUGACUGUACCACCUACAUGGCUUUGAUUCAUUGUCUCGAGGAAGCGAGGCUGGUUGGUGGAAUGUGGAAGAUGAUUCAAGAGCUGGUCAAGAGUUCAUGUGUUAUUGGGCCGUCUGAUCUGUCUGAAAUCAUUAGAGUUUUGGGCAGGGUGAAGAUGGUGGACAAAGCGCUCUCGAUCUUUUAUCAGAUUAAAAAUCGCAAGUGCAAACCAACUGCUACCACAUACAAUACUAUCAUUUUGAUGCUGAUCAAAGAGGGUCAUUAUGAGAAAGUUCAUGAGCUAUAUAGCGAGAUGUGCAGCGAGAGUGAUUGUUUCCCCGACACUGUAACAUAUAGUGCUCUCAUAUCUGCGUUUGGGAAACUAAGCCGCGGUGAUUCUGCUAUUAGGCUGUUUGAGGAAAUGAAAGAGAAUGGUUUGUCACCCACAGCAAAAAUAUAUACUACAAUGUUAAGUGUUCUCUUCAAACAAGGUAAGCCUGAAAAGGCAUUAGGAUUAGUUCAAGAGAUGAAGAGUGCAGGUUGUGCCCCAACUGUGUACACAUAUACAGAAAUUAUCAGAGGUCUAGGCACAGCCGGGAGGGUUGAAGAAGCUUAUUCAAUAUUUUUAAACAUGUUGAAUGAUGGUUGUAGGCCAGAUGUCGUGCUCAUAAACAAUGUAAUAAACUUCUUGGGAAGGGGGGGAAGGUUGCCUGAUGCGAUCAAGCUCUUCGAAGGAAUGGAAUCAUUGAACUGUAGUCCAAAUGUGGUAACUUACAACACUCUCAUUAAAGUUCUGUUUGAAUCAAAAGCGCCGGUAUCUGAGGUCAUCUCGUGGUAUGAGAAAAUGAAAACCAGUGGUGUUAGUCCUAGUGCAUAUACUUACUCAAUCCUCAUAGAUGGGUUCUGCAAGAAAAAUAGCUUAGAAAAAGCAUUAUUAAUGCUUGAAGAGAUGGAUGAAAAGGGUUUUCCUCCAUGUCCAGCUGCUUAUUGCAGCUUAAUCAACAGUCUUGGCCGAUCAAAACGGUAUGAUGCUGCUCAUGAGUUGUUUCAAGAACUUAAAGAAAAUUGCGGAUCCUCAAGUGCUCGUGUGUAUGCUGUGAUGAUAAAACAUUUUGGAAAAUGUGGACGUUUGUCUGAGGCUGUCGAUCUUUUCCAUGAGAUGAAAAGACUUGGUUGCACUCCGGAUGUCUACGCCUAUAAUGCUCUCAUGUCGGCUAUGGUGAGGGCUGGCAUGACAGACGAGGCUCAAUCAUUGUUUCCAAGAAUGGGAGAUGAUGGUUGUGCUCCUGAUCUUAACUCACACAACAUCAUUUUGAAUGGCUUGGCCAGAACAGGUGGGCCAGAACAGGCGAUGGAGAUGUUCACGAAAAUGAAAACUUCUGAGAUGAAGCCGGACGCUGUCUCCUAUAAUACACUUCUAGGUUGCCUCAGCCGUGCCGGUAUGUUCGAAGAGGCUGCAAGGCUAAUGAAAGAGAUGCGCCAGAAUGGUUUCGAAUAUGAUGUCAUAACGUACUCAUCAAUACUCGAGGCUGUUGGUAAAGUUGAUGAAGAUAAGCCUGCAGCUUGAUAAGCAACAUAUGGUAAAAAGCCAUUGAUACUUAUCUUUUACCCCUUGUGUGUUUCCUUCACAAAUAUUCUAGAUCUAUAAUUGAAAAACACUUGGAUUGCAGCCUUUGUUGAAGUUGUCCUUUUAGCUGGAAAUUGCAUAGGAGAGGGGAAAACCUUUUUGAGUUUGGGAUAAAGAAUCAUUAGUAGAACAUUAAUCAUACCUCAACUGUUGAAAUUCUGACCCUUCUUUGGGUGUUAUUUUUAUUGCUAAUUUGCUACAGAAGGAAAGGUUGAGACUUUUAAUUGUAAUGCUUUAAAAGUUGUGUUUAGUUUGCAAUGAACAAUUAAUAUGUCGCAAUCUAUUUUCGAGUUGGUACUUAAAA